CCUCAGGGAGGCCCUAGAGAUGCAAAGGAGAUGACAGACACGGGCCAGUCUAGUGCAGAAGGAUCCCCCCCAAAUGGCUGCUCAUCUGCCCGGGGACUCCAAACACACAUGACUCACACCAUUUGGGCUCAGACAAGUGCCUCCCCAGGAAGCCCCGGCAUUACUAGGGACACACUGAGCCCCUGAUGUCCCUAACCCUUUGCCAGCACCUCUGGUCCCGCAGAAGCAGCCAACAUGCCUAACUCCAAGUGCCUGCAAAAGUCGGAGCCCCUGUGGAAGGAGUGGGACCAGAAGGCCCAAAAGAAUGGACUGAGGCACCAGGUGAACGCUGUCAAUGGUGACUGCUAUGUGGGCCAAUGGAAGGACAACAUGAAACAUGGAAAAGGAACACAGAUCUGGAAGAAAAAAGGAGCCAUCUAUGAGGGAGACUGGAAGUUUGGGAAGCGAGAUGGCUAUGGCACCCUCAGCAAUCCUGACCAAGAGAAGGGAAAGUAUAGGAAAGUAUACUCUGGCUGGUGGAAAGAUGAUAAAAAAUCGGGCUAUGGGAUUCAGUUUUUCGGACCCAAGGAGUAUUACGAGGGUGAGUGGUGUGGCGACCAGCGCAGCGGGUGGGGCCGCAUGUACUACAGUAACGGCGACAUCUACGAGGGCCAGUGGUUGAAGGACAAGCCGAAUGGGGAGGGCAUGUUGCGCCUGAAGAACGGGAACCGCUACGAGGGCUACUGGCAGAGAGGCAUGAAGAAUGGGUCGGGCCGUUUCUUCCACCUGGACCACGGUCAGCUGUUUGAAGGCUUCUGGGUGGACGACGUGGCCAAGUGUGGCACAAUGAUUGACUUUGGCCGUGAUGAGGCCCCUGAGCCCACCCAGUUCCCCAUUCCUAAGAUCGAAAUUCUAGACCCUAAUGGUGUGCUGGAGGAAGCCUUGGCCAUGUUCAAGAAGACAGAGGAAGAUGAAGAUUGAUGCCAGCUGCCACCAGCCCCUUGCCCCUGCAGAGAACACACCAGAGCUUCUGGAGAAAUUCAAGCCCGUCGCCCAACUGCUCAAACCGGUGCGGCUUCUGCAGAAGUGAGUGGUGACUCGGGCACACCCUUGGCACCCUCAGAGGGCACCUCACUCCUCCCAGCACUGGAUCAUCCUCUCCCCAGCUGGCUUUGGGGAUCCUCUUGUUACAGCUUUCAUUCUGGGCCCCCAUUCCUGAGCACGGGAGUAUAAAGAACCUGGUGGCUUCA